CGUGCCUGCCCCACCCCCCUCGGCCUCGGUCUCGCAGUGGCUGGGCUUGAAGUUCCCGCCAGGUCAGGGCUGGGCAAAAACGAUGCUGCCUGGCCCGCCCUGGCUUUGAGACUGAGAAAAACGCCCAUCUCGAGCUUGCUGACAGCUUCCAGCCCCGGCAGCCAUGUCCACAGGGUUCUCCUUCGGGUCGGGGACGCUGGGCUCCACCACCGUAGCGGCCGGCGGGACCAGCACCGGCGGCGGUUUCACCUUCGGCACCGGGGCGUCUAGCAACCCUUCUGUGGGACUCAAUUUUGGAACUCUCGGAAGCACUGCGACUCCAGCAACUACAUCUGCUACAGGUGGUUUUGGAACUGGGCUCUUUGGAUCUAAACCUGCCACUGGGUUCACUCUAGGAGGAUCAAACACAGGAAUAGCAACAACUUUAACUACAGGAUUAACUCUGGGAACACCAGCCACUACAUCUGCAGCUACCACAGGCUUCAGUUUAGGAUUCAAUAAGCCUGCAGCGUCUGCCACACCAUUUGCUCUGCCUAUUACAUCUACCUCAGCCAGUGGUCUCACUCUUUCAUCUGCUUUGACGGCAACUCCAGCAGCAUCCACAGGGUUUACUCUGAAUAGUUUGAGUGGAACAGCAGCCACAACUACAACUGCAUCCACAGGCCUUUCUCUAGGCGGCGGCUUAACUGGUUUGGGAGGUUCGCUUUUCCAGGGCACAAACACAGCUACAUCAGGACUUGGACAGAAUGCUUUAGGCUUGACUUUGGGAACUUCAACAGCUACUUCAACUGCAGGCAAUGAAGGCCUUGGUGGAAUAGAUUUUAGCAGUUCAUCAGAUAAAAAGAGUGAUAAAACAGGAACCAGACCAGAGGACAGUAAAGCACUGAAGGAUGAAAAUCUGCCUCCUGUCAUCUGCCAGGAUGUUGAAAAUCUCCAGAAAUUUGUGAAGGAACAAAAACAAGUCCAAGAAGAAAUUAGUAGAAUGUCUUCGAAAGCAAUGCUUAAAGUCCAAGAAGAUAUUAAAGCUCUGAAGCAGCUUCUGUCAUUGGCUGCUAGUGGAUUACAAAGAAAUACUCUGAAUAUUGACAAAUUAAAAGUAGAAACUGCUCAGGAGUUAAAGAAUGCUGAAAUAGCUUUAAGAACCCAGAAAACACCACCUGGACUUCAACAUGAAAACACAGCUCCUGCUGACUACUUCAGAAUCUUGGUUCAGCAGUUUGAGGUACAGCUUCAACAAUACAGACAGCAGAUUGAAGAACUAGAAAACCAUCUUGCCACUCAGGCAAAUAAUUCACAUAUAACCCCACAAGAUUUGUCAAUGGCAAUGCUGAAAAUUUAUCAAACAUUUGUAGCUUUAGCUGCACAACUUCAGUCUAUUCAUGAAAAUGUAAAGGUGCUUAAAGAACAGUACCUUGGCUACAGGAAAAUGUUCUUGGGAGAUGCAGUAGAUGUGUUUGAAGCCAGGCGAGCAGAAGCCAAGAAGUGGCAGAAUGCACCCAGAGUUACUACUGGACCCACCCCUUUCAGCACCAUGCCAAACGCAGCAGCCGUUGCCAUGGCUGCAACACUUACACAGCAGCAACAGCCUGCUACAGGGCCACAGCCAUCUCUGGGAGUUAGUUUUGGAACGCCAUUCGGCUCAGGUAUUGGCACUGGCUUGCAAUCAAGUGGCUUAGGUUCUUCAAACCUUGGAGGAUUUGGAACUAGCUCUGGUUUUGGAUGCAGCACCACAGGGGCCUCAACAUUUGGAUUUGGAACAACAAAUAAACCCUCAGGAAGUCUUAGUGCAGGCUUUGGCAGCUCAAGUACAUCUGGGUUUAACUUCAGCAAUCCUGGCAUCACGGCAUCAGCUGGUUUGACAUUUGGGGUGUCCAAUCCUGCCUCUGCAGGUUUUGGAACAGGAGGACAACUCCUUCAGUUGAAGAAACCUCCAGCUGGAAACAAAAGAGGAAAAAGAUAAACAUAUGGGUUGAAAUAUUGAGAGAAUCCAUAACAGUGCUGUUAAUUUGAUGAGUCUAUUUUUCUAGUGAUGCGGUAAUUAAACUGCAUCCCAAGAGAUUUAUAAAGUUUUGAUAUUUUUCCCUACUCUGGAAUUUGAACUUUGUUCAUGUUUGCCAUACUUAGUAUCUUUUUUUCUUGUGAAUUUAAGACUCAGUUGUGUUUUUUUCAUUAUUUUGAUUCUCAGUGUUAGAAAUGUUCUAAUUACGUCACUGAUUGAUAAUAGAAGAAACCAUUAACCUAAAACCUAUUUAACCUAGUGUUAAUAGAAAUGUUUUUGUUGAUAAGGUUUACAUUAUGUGAAUAUAUGCACAUUUGUUUCUUACACAGGUGGUAUGAACUCUAGGGCCUAUAUUAGAAACUGAUCCUUGAUAAAGGCCUUCUGAACUACACUGCAGGGCAUCUUGUAAAUAUGAAUGUAAAUAUAUACAGAAUAAUACACACAACUGUGUGUACACAUAAAACAUUUACAGAUCUACAAUUUUUGCCUCAGACUGUUCCCUUUUAGGGGUAUUCAAUUUUUCACCUUUUAAAAGCUUCAGAUCCUCAGUUCCUGUAGAAUAAAAAGUUAGAGGAACUAGAUAUUUGCAGCUAUCUGUUUAAAGACUUAGGGAAAUGGUUAUUUGACCGGCUCAACGUCAUUGCCCCCACUGCAUUUUUUACUUCAUUUUAACCUUUAGCAGCUACUCCACAUGAGGAAUGUUUUAAGAUUCAUCAAACAGAUUUAACCAACUUUAUUAUCCUAUAUAUCCUUAGAUGGCUUCUGUGAAAUAUUUUUUUCGUAGCUGAGAUGGACCUCCAGGAGCGCAUUUGAACUCCAGACUGGUGUUCUGGGGGACAAAGAGCGAUUAAGCCAAAUGGAUUCUAUGCAGGUGAAGGAUGCACUAUUACUUUAGUGAGAACUUUUCUAGCUAUUCCAACACAGAGUUCUUUGUUAUAGGGCUAUUCAUAGUGACACCAAAUGGAGUGGCUUCUUAGCCUCUUAAUGUCUUAAGUAAGUGCUUAAUUUGGAAUAGAGAAACUGUAUAUUUUAAGAAAGAAAAAUAUUCUUUGUAGCACAACAAUAAACUCUCCCCUCUUUUAACAUUGAACAGAGCUCCAGGAAAUAAUGCUUAGGCAUGUCAGGCUGCAUCUGUGUAGUGUUUGUCUAUACUGCUUAGUAUUAGUGAUGUUGCGUAGGUAGAACCCUUGGAAAGAACUGCCUUAGCCAUGAUUUCAGAAAGAAACCAUUAGGUAGACCUAUUUAUCUUUCAAGUACAAUUUUCAGGUGGAUGUGAACAUGAGAUUUCAUUGAAAAUAGUUUAAUUUUUUUAUAUAGAAGGGUUUGUACAUAAUGUGCAUCCAUGAAUAUUUUCAGUCAUUUUCACUAAGUCACCUUUUUUUUUUAAAUAGGUAUUGCAUAUAUAAAUACACACACACAUGUAUUUAUAGUAUAAUGUUGGAUUUUGUUAUAAAAGUAUUGUUAAAUCUCUUAUUUAUCUGCAUAUGGUAAUGAUUGGAUUUUUUUAAUUGAAAUUUUUGCACCUUGAUGCAUUAAAAUAAGGAAAAUUAUUUGUCUCUGAGCACUAAACUUAUUUUUGCAUAUUUCUUUAAUACGACAGUCCUCACAUCCAGAUCGUAGGGAAGGUUAGGAGAAAGGUGUGAUUUUUGUGUUUUGAAUUACUGUCAGAAUUACAUAAACAGUUAUGACAAACUUUUUUUUAGAAAACAUUGUGUUGUGCUAUAAAAAUCUGAAUAUUUAUAUUUCUUGUGUUUUUCUUUAUGUAUUUUACAUUUACUAUGUUGAACCACUGGAAAUAUGUGAGAUUAAUUUGUGACAGGAGUUUACAUGUGUUGUCAUUGUGCCCAUUUUCUUCACCUUGUCCAGAGUAUUAUUAUGGAAACAAUAAAUUUAUUGCGUCAGUUGAGUUGAA